AUGACGAAGAGAACCAAGAAGGUCGGUGUUACCGGAAAGUACGGUACAAGAUACGGUGCCUCCCUCCGUAAGCAAGUCAAGAAGAUGGAAAUCACCCAACACGCCAAGUACGUCUGCACAUUCUGCGGGAAGACCACCGUCAAGAGACAUUCCGUCGGAAUCUGGAACUGCAAGUCGUGCAACAAGACUGUCGCUGGAGGAGCAUACACUGUGUCAACACCCGCCGCCGCUGCCAUGCGAUCGACGCUUCGACGUUUGAGAGAGAUUGCGGAGGUUUAG